GUUAUACCAGGUAUAUCAAAGUCUACGCAUCAUGUUUGCGCAGAAAUGACGAUAAAUCUGAGCAGUGGGAUACACUUGGUGCCACAUAAAAUUUAUCAACACUCGUUAUUCUUUUCCCAGAUAGAAUGUACAGCAAGGGAUCGGCGAUAAGGUAUUGACAAGUUCAAGGCUGUCUUUCAGACGAAGGGCUGCAAAAUCAAAUGAGCUUACAGCACGAAAAUAUCUAUCACCUAUGCUUUUUGAUCCAUUAUGCUUAACAAGUAAACAUAUGCUACUGUAGAGCUGACUUUCUCUUUUGCUCCUACGUAUUUGAUUACGUUGCCCAAAGCUGCGGAGUCGGAAUGAAUCUCCCUUCUUUUCUUUGUCCCGUAGAAAUUCAGAAUUGAUCUCCACAAGUUGGAGAAAAUGAAGAAGACAACUUUGUUUGAAAUGGAAACUAGAGCAGGACUUCAAUGGCCUUGCAAGUAAUGGAGGUCACAGUCCAGGUGAAGCCGAACAUGACUCUUCAGACUUUUAUUUAGCGGUACAGGUAGAAAAGGACUGAUCGAAUUUGGGAGGAGGGGUGUUCUUUUUUGCUGAGCGAUUGACAUUUUCAAUAUUAUGGUCUACAAUGAUAUGCCAAUGAUUAGUAAAGGAAAAUACUCUCAACAGAAGGUGCUCAAUGCAAGCAGAUGGCACUGAAUUCUCUGUGAAUUUCUCAGUUUCAAUUUUGUGCAUGUUGUGGAUAUUGCCAUUUUAAAAGUAGAGUCUCGAAUUCCAAGUCUCUGUCUCACCAAAGGCUAUUCUUUUUCUAUUUCUUGCUCGCUGGAAAAGCGAUUCUCUCAUCCUCUCUCUUUUUCCUUUGUUCUUGCAAUCUUCUUCCUCCAGGAUCACCCUCUUUUCAAAAACAAGUUUAUCCAAGUGAAAGGAUUGGAAUUCACUGUUAUGAAAUGCUUAGAACAUGAUUCCUUAUCAAGUUUCCUGGUGGAGUGAACUUCAAGGUAGUAUCAAAGUGCAAAGCAAAAGGCAGCAUAAGAUCCUUUUAUGCAUCGUAUAGCUGAUCUGGCAUCAUUCAUUUGAACAGGAGAGUCCAGAUUUUCUAUUUAAGAAAAGUUCUAACAUCUUUCAUAAGCAAGAAAAGAAAUCCAAGUGCUAGAGUCCUACAAGGCAAGAAGUUCCUAUACAAAGAGAGUGAUGGCUAGGUAUGGUCACGCGUAUAGGGGCUAUUCCACCAACAGUACACCAAGCUCUGAUGAUUUUUGGAGCAAAAAAGGCCAUGCUUCUGAUCACGUGUGCCGACCGGUCAUCAUUGAUGCUGAGGGGAGGAAAAUGCCUAUCAUUUUCUAUGGCGCUGAUAAGAAUGCAGAUCACUAUGUUACAAAAACUGAGACGAUUUUUCAACAGCAUGUUCAUUCACCUCUGGAGUCUGAAUACAAGCAAAGCACUCGCUUGACAGAUGAUCCUUAUGGAGCAGAGGAUAAGUUCCGUAGACCUAUGGCUUCAGUUAAUAGUCGCCCACAAAAUGUUGAGGAAUCCAUCACCAAAGUGCAAACUGAUGCUAGCCCACCCAAGAUUGCCCCUUGGGAUGCUUCAUACUGGCGCCAGGCCCCUAAAUCCACAGGCUAUGAAGGCUACGAUGAGCGCAACGUUUUCCACAACAAAGACUUGCUAAAGCCCAGCAGUAAUGCGCCUCGAAAUGACAGCUAUGAUGAUUAUUACCGCAAACAAGGUAGCAACAAGGAAACGACAAUGAUCACUAGUGGUGGGUGGGCAAGGCCAGCUCAUUCAACAUCCACUGCAGAAGUUGCAAAACCUUCUGCCACUACCUCUCCUCCUCGAUCCCGCUAUAGACAACCAGCCUAUACAGAAACUAUGGACAGCAAGGAAGCUGCUAGGCGCUAUGGAACCAGGCCAUCCACAAGAGAAGAUAGUUACACAUCAACCAUUGACAGCAGAGAGGCUGCAAGGAAAUAUAAUGGCUCAGGAGUGUGAGUCCAGUCCCAGAAUGAUUAACCAUGUCUAUGUGCAAUUACACAGGCCUUCCUGAGCCGACUUCACAAGUUUCUUGGGGCUUAUUAUCUACUCUACAAGUGUCUAUUUUCCCUUUCAUUUACCUAUUAUAACUAUCUGGUGUUGCAGUUAAGUUGUCCUAGACAUAUGUUUGAUGUUUCCUAUAUUACUACUUCAAUAAGAUUUCUCUGUAAGCAGUUGCAAUAUUAAUAUAGAAUUUCUUGUUUUAUUUAAA